GACGCCCCGUGCACGUGGAUCAGCUAUGCAGAUCUCUGGGUUCCAGAGUCCGUCAGUCCGUGCGCUGUUCCUGUGCGUGUUCGGUCUGGCUGCCCUCUUCAGACAGAUAGACUCGCACAUCGACAUCUGUCCAACAGAAUGCACCUGUGUAGACUCGACGUAUGUGCGAUGCUAUGAGAAGAGACUGCCCGGUUUCCCUGCUCCCAUCGCACAGACAACAGAAGAAAUAGACGCCACAGGAAACUUCAUCGUAAACCUUGACGGGCUCGAUGCACAGAUCCUCCCAAACUUACACAAACUCAGACUUCCUAGAAACUUCCUAGCGAACCUUCCAACCCGCGCGUUCGUUCGACACAGCAGCCUACAGUUUAUCGACCUGUCUAAAAACCAGUUAAGCCAAAUCCGAGGAGAAAGCUUCGCAGGUUUACCCAACCUCACCACUCUUUUCUUAAAUGAAAACGGAAUAGACGUUUUUCAAGAGUCAUUUCUUGACCACGUGCCGUCUUUGUCCGUGUUAUAUAUUGGAGGGAAUAAGCUAACGUACCUUCGCCCUCUGGUGUCAACAGAAAGUUCGAAUCUGACCACCCUGGAAGUGUCCAAGAACUCGCUUACGAACCUGGAUCGCACAAUGUUUAGCGGGCUCACAAACCUCCGGAAUCUCUACAUAGAGUCCAACGAACUCGCUUCUUUGGGAAAUAACAUAUUCUCUAAUCUUGUCAAUCUAGAAGAACUACAUUUAGGAAAUAACAAGAUCGCAGAGAUUGUUGGAUAUCCCUUCGAAGGGUUGAAUAAUCUGAAAUGUCUUCGUUUGAGCAAUAACAAAAUACAGCUUGUCGAAGAAAACGUUUUUGCGGCAAUGCCUAACUUGAGGGUCUUGCUGCUGCGUAACAACAGUAUUAAAAGCCUGCCUUCGCUUUCCGAUUUCUCUUCCCUUUGGACAGUUGACAUCGCAAGAAAUCAGCUGCUCUUCGUACCGUCCCUAUCCCCCAGUACUGAGAACGUAGAUUUGAGUGUAAACAACAUCACGAGUCUGAGGAAAGAAGACCUGCGAUUUCUCGUGAACUUGCGAAAACUAAACAUAGAUAACAAUUCUCUAGCCGAGAUUGGAGACAACGCGUUGGAUUCGUUGGACAACUUGGAACGUUUCACCGCGAAAGGCUGCAAACUGCAACAACUUCACAGCCGCACUUUCUCCUCUCUUCCUCGUCUCAAGUCUGUUCACCUGGACAACAACCAACUUUCCCAUAUCUUCGAACAUACCUUCUACCGCCUUACGGCGUUACAAAACGUGACAUUAGAUAACAACAAACUCACGUUCGUCGAGGACAACGCUUUCGAUCAGCAAAGUUCACUGGCCCUUAAGAAACUCACUCUGAACCAUAACAAGCUAGUUACUGUUUCGGCUUCUCUCCAACAUCUUAGCCAACUUGAGACUUUAGAGCUCAGUCACAACCUUCUCAGCGAGCUUCCAGCAAACUGCUUUAACAAUACGAAAAAUCUCCGAUAUCUUGCUGUUGAUCAUUGCCAGAUAAGUCGCAUCCACGAAGGAGCCUUUCAAGCCAUGUCGUCUCUUCUAGAGCUUCGUUUGGAUUCGAAUCAGAUCGAAGAAGUUUCCGGUGGGGCCUUUAGCAAUCUCCCGCCGAUGACGUUUGUGAACUUGACGGAGAACCCUUUCCGCUGUGACUGUGGGGUCGAGAGUUUGCGUGCUUGGAUCAGUGACGGAAAUGGAGAAAGGACCGCCGCCGUCUGCGCAAGCCCGGACAUCAUGCGCGGAAGACCGUUAGAAACCGUGUUGCCCGAGCAGCUCACCUCACUUUGUGAGAGAGAAUCGCAAUUCGGUAUUCCGGCUCUCGUUGCUGCACUUUUCGGUGGAGUUUUCAUCGGCGUAGUCAUUGCUUGUCUGGUUUUCAUCCUUCGACACAAACUCCCCAUCCCGUGGUGCAGGAAACAAACGGAAACUAGUGCUAUGCUGAUCGAUGAAAUGGACCCAAGUCCUGAACAAAACGUCUUCGAAAAGGACGACGAAAUUUACUUUUAUGAUUAAUCUAAUUAUGAUUGACUUGGACUGACUGGUAUUACGUUUGGACGUAAAUUUCUUGCUCUUAAAAACCACGAUCUUUUAGCCUUGUUCGCUUUAUUCCGCCUUCGAAGGUCGAUCUUUAUUGAAGCCCAAUAGCAUCUCAACCCCAAUAGCCUCCUUGUUAGUUGAUGUUGUUCAUUCAUAAGUAUUGGGUGAUUAUAUGUAUUAUUUUUUAUAUGUCUUUCUGUAUGUUAUCAAAUAUCAUUUGAUAAUUAUCUAGUGUUUUCAGCCAUUGUUACUAUUUCUUUAAUUUGAUUUGUCAAAAUUGUAUAUACAUUGUAUAUGGAGAUCUUGAUCGUUUCUUAUGAAUAGAAUAAAUGAA